AUGAGUAAGAGCAAAGGGAACAAACGCCGCGAGAUGGACGUCAUGAAGCUUAUGAUGAGCGACUACGAAGUGCAUUUGACGGACGAGACGACGACGACGGACUUUGACGUGAAGCUCCUUGGCCCGAAAGACAGUCUGUACGAAGGCGGGUCGUGGAAGGUCCACGUGACGCUGCCUGAGGACUAUCCGUUCAAAUCGCCAUCGAUUGGCUUUGUGAACCGCAUUUACCACCCCAAUGUGGACAAAAAGCAUGUUCUUGCGUCGGGGUCCGUGUGCCUGGACGUGAUCAAUCAAACGUGGAGUCCAAUGUUUGAGCUGGUCAACGUGUUUGACACGUUCCUUCCUCAACUGCUGCGCUACCCGAACCCAAGUGAUCCGCUGAAUGACGGAGCAGCGUCGCUGCUGAUGAAAGACGCGGAGAUGUACCGUACGAAAGUGAAAGAGUACGUGCGCACGUACGCCUCGCAGCCGAUCGACAUGGGUGACGAGGAAGGCGAUAGCGAUGUGAGUGAUAUGAGCGACAUUGAGUAA